CGUUAACCUUUUCUCACCAGAGUCAUAAUUAAGUCGUGGCUCUUAUCACGAAACUAUAUCCGAGACGAAUAUACCCGAAAUAAAGCCGGGAUAUAUGGCGCAAGCAAGCCUCGCCGGCAACGCGAGAACCACAACAAGAGAGCCCUAUUUGAUGCUGAAACGGCGUGUAAACAUACCUAGUUUUUGGGACAGUUCACCUGUUGUAUCCCGUCAACCACGAAAAGGAUAUAGACGACAGGGCAACUAUUUAUAACAGAAACAUGAUAACUACACUCGAAGACAGAUGAACAAGAAGAGGAAACGCCAGCACCUGCCUGGAGGAGGAGGACGUGCAUGGCCUGCCUGAUAUGAUGUUAUUUGGCCCUCGAGGAGCAGGACCAUGAAGUCACGGAGACGCAAGUGUGUGCUGCACGAGCUCAGAAGGAGGGAAUAUGGAGUUCCAUGUCCGGCAUGGACAAGCCUACAGGCUCUUCGUUAUUGUAUAUUUGGACCAAGAAGAAUGUGGAAACAGCUUUUGCACAUAAAAGAAAGUUCAUCAGUAGAAUUUUGUGGUGAUCUUUUGUGGACAACAAAACCCUCAAAUGCAGAUGAAAGUGUUAUGCAAAGAAUUUGUGGUGAUGGACACCUUCUCCAGAUGUACAAAGUUGAUCUCCACCCUCGACCAAAGGAAAUCAAGGUAUACGAUGUACCAGAUCCAGUCUAUAGGUCUUCUGUUCCAGAACAAGAAUACCGGCCUGUAAUCUUUGCCCUCCGGAAAGGAAAUGUAUUGACACGGCAUGACCUGGAGAAAGGAACCAUUUUCAACCGUAUUCACCUGGGACAAAUGCAGACCAAGACACUCUCAAUGAGCUUAAUGGAUGAUGUCCUCAUUGUCAAGUCACCCAAGCUCAAGAUUGAACCACAGACCGAGUACUUCUUUCACUUUAAAGUGUUUCAGAUGCAUCCCUUUGGACUUUUAGCUUCACUCAGCAUUCAUGGAUCUGUAUUCCCAGGCGAAGAGGACAAGAAGAAGUAUGGGAAGAUGCGUGAUGUGGAGAUUCAUGAAGGCCUCUUGCUUGUCCUCACUGAAAAGAGCUUUAGUUUGAUUUACGAUGCACAGGAAAUCAUCAGGGUGAAGAGCACAUCAAAAGAUUUUCAAGUCAUCCCAGACAGUAUAACGUAUGCAAAGGAUAUGGUAUUAGAAGCACCUCCUCUGCUCUUUGCAGCUUACACACACAUGGACAUUCUUGGCUUAGGUGCUUGUCCAUGGGCCUAUAUCAGAGCCGUGUCAGAUUGUCUGUUGCAGGUAAGAGCAAUAAUUAUUUUCCUUUUUUCUCAUCUGUGUUUUCCAUUAGAGAUGGACAUCCAUCUUAGCUUGCUUGCAAUGAGGGUUUAAUUUUUCAGGUUUUGCAAGGAAAAUUUUGAUCUGAGAUUUCAAGACCUUGAUUUUACACACCAGAAAUAUUUGUGUAUAU